GACCUACAAGACAAUGGACAAACGUUACAAGACUCGUCACUCGUUGACGUGCUUUCUUUCCUUUACGCACAAUCGCUAAUUUUUCUUGUUCAUCUCGUUGCUCUCAUCAUCACUCCUGCGCAGAACGGCCUAUCCGAUUGCUGUUCAUCCAUGUCUAUCACAUUUAAUCUCAGCACCAUUGUCAUGAUCAUCUUCGUCUUCAUGGUUAUCAUUACCGUCCUCGGCAUACUCUUGCUUGUCACCGUUCGUGUUCGUCGCCGCGAUGAACGUCAUGCCCGCCACUCGUGGUUCUCGAGAUUUCCCCGGAGCAAGGAGAGUUCGGGGGAUGACUUGACUGUCUUCGUCUCCCCUUCCCGUCCGACAAUUGUUGGCCGUACCUCUACCAAGGGCUGCCCUGUGAUUCAUAUGACCGUCACGCCACCUACCCCAGCGCAAAUUCCCUCACGUUCACCCAAGGCCGACCCGUGCGAGACGGGUGAGGUUCACAAGUUGUCCCGCGAUAGCUGCAGCGAAGGCGUGGUGUAUGGAUAUGCUAUGUGAUGAUCUCCGCUGUUUGUUAAAAUGUUUUCACAUACCCUCAUU